AAGUGACGUCACCCCGCCACUCCCCAUUUCCGAACUCUAUGGCGUUCCUUCUGUCGCGCAGGGAAGACGUCAUCGCCAGCUGGUUGAGCGGGAAACUUCAUAAGGUCCGAAGGACGCUUGGACUUCUUAGUAAGACGUAAUAUGACCUUUCAAAGAGCAGUUCAUCAGUAUACUCUUGUUUCACCAAAGUGAUGGCUUGUCAGGAGUUUAUUGUUUUAUAUACGCAUCAGAAGACUAAAAAAUCUAAAGUGUGGCAAGAUGGAAUUUUGAAGGCCGCUGUUGGGGGAAAUAAGGCAAUCUUAUGUGAUGAAAGAGGACAGGUUUUAGACAGUAUUUUUGUGAAGUUCAAGAUAAAACCUGGAGAUGACCUAGAAUGUGAUAAAUACUUAAUAACAGUUGAAUCUGAAAAAGUUUCUGGAACUGGUUAUAGUGAUCAGCCAAAGGACACAGAUGGGCCAAAGUUAAUAAGAAAUGAUUUGAAGUCCUUUGCCUCUUCAUCCCUACACCUUCCAACUGGAUUAAAACGGAAAUAUAUGGGUUUCAAAGGGCCGCGUCAAUUGGAGAAGAAAACAACAAUAGAAGACCCGAUAGUAGCAGUAUUACCUACAACCAAGGGAACCUCUUCAUCUUUUCCUUCUGAAUUCUAUGCCUCUUCCCCAUUAUUUUCUGUUCCUUGUAAGAAAAAGAAAGAAGCUUACCAAUUUCCAUUAAAUGAGGAUGAUUUCAUGAAGAAUGAUGGAGACACUGCAUGUACCACCUUUUCUCACUUUGCUGAGGAAAAUAAUACAGUACUGAAUAAAAACUGUAAUGCAUAUUCUGGACAUUUGAAGCCAGUAUUACAGAUGAACAGUGGAGUGGUCAAGACUGACUAUUGUUCAAGCAGUAAUGGGGUGGGUUCACAGAAAAUUAGAAGUAAAGCAGAAAUUUUAACAAUUCUGAAUAUGGAACAAAAACAUUCCAAAGCCCCUGAGAUGGAAACUACUGCCUCACUGAAAAAUCUACCUUCAACUUUGAUAAAAACAAAAUUUCAUCAAGAAAGUCUGUCUCCAUGUGAACCAUCAAGAAAUACAGGCUGUUUGUUCCAAGAGAAGAUGAUACCUUUCUUGGGUUGCACAGACAAUGCAAGCAAAGCAACCACAGAACACAAACAGCCAGUGCAAUCCUCAGAAAACAGGGUGCAGACAAAAAGUCAGUGGGAUGUUUAUUUGCCAUGUCCUUUAAGAAAACUAACAGAUGAGGCAGAAAUAGAUGAUGCUGAAUGUAAUAAGGAUGUUAGUGAUCCGCAACCAGUUUUAAAUCAGUUUAAAAAGAGUGGCACUGGUAAUGGGAGUGAAUACAGUGAAGACCAUGAAAUUAUUUCACAAUUACCACUUUUGGGAAUCAGUACUUAUCCUGUUACAGAAAGUUCUGUCAAAAACCAUUCAGAGAGGUUUGUACAACCUGAAUGUGUCAUGAGUAAAGAGAGUGACAUUGAAGCUGUGCCAUCUUUUGAUAGUAUUCAUUAUUCAAAAUGUGUUGGUGAAUUAAAAACAUUAGAAGAAAAACAUACUAAACCCAAAAAACACAUAAUGACUGAUAAUUUGGAAGCAUUCUGCCAUCAGUCACAAAAUGAAUCUUCUCCAAUAAUAAGUUUUUCGGAUAGUUCUUUGUGUGGAAAUAUUCAUGACUCAACUCAGCAGUUUGCAGAGGUUAACUUCAAUCUGUUGGAAACACUAGAUUUCAGUGACACAGAAGUUGAAGAGCUUCCUGGAAAUGGCAUGAUUUUACAGGGCCCAUCCUGUUUUAAAGAGGAAUGUAACACUAAUACUCAAAAGAACCAUAAAGAAAUGUUAUUUAGUGAUAGUGGGAAUGAUAAGCUGCAAUCAACAUUUUUACAAGAUAAAGAGGUGAAUGAUAUUUCAGGAUCUCAGUCCCUGCAGCUUUGUGACACUGAAAUGUCUAACAGAAUUAAGGAAAAUAGUCCAGUUCUUCAUUUCCUAAAAGAACCAAGACUUUCAAAGGCUGCAGCUGUUGACAAGAAAAGAGAUGCAAACUCAACAAUGAAUCAAAACUUAGGUCAUCAUGGAAAUCUUGUUUGUACUGAUAGAGACUUAUUAACAGACAGUGAUAUACCCUGUGAAGUGAUUGAUAAUGAGUAUCCUGAUCAAACAAUUCAACUUCAGAAAACAAAUAUACUUCCCCAUGUUACAGCAACCUCAAAUAGUUGUUUCAUGGAAAAAAGUAAUGAAAAAUCUAGGGAAGUGAUAGAUAUUUGUGAUAACAUGAAACCAGUUAAUUCUUUGCUGACAAUCACUGAAAAAUAUAAUGGUACUAAUAGUUUUCCCCAGUAUGCUUCAUCAAAAGAUUCUGCUUCAGAAAUAAUGGAUGAGCUGGAUUUCAGGCCAGUUUCUGAAGCCUUAACUUGUAAGACUUUAGAUAAAUCAGAGAUGAGUAAAAUUGAAUUGGAAAAAGGAGCAGAUGUCUUGAAUUAUUCUUCCAAACCUAACAAAGAAAAUGGAAAAGAUUCUAUUUCUUUGAAACCUGUAGAUUCUUUAAGCUUUCCCCUAAUGGAAAAUAGUUUCAGACUGAUAAGUUCACUUACUAAACACACCACAGCAUUAGAGAUGAUUGAGGAAAUGAAUGUGGAAAAUACUGGCAUACUGUUCCAGAGGGAUGAACUAACAGAAAAACAUGAGUUAACUGGACAUGAAGCUAAACAAAACUUUGCUGUAGUGUCUUCUGUAGAUUUGCAGAUAUCAUCUUGUCUACAUUCUGCUGCUCCUAAAUUGAAUUCUUUCUCAGAUAGUAACGUAGAGAAGCCCACACCAUCAAAAGCCAGUGUGCUACAUGACCACAGUCCUUUCAAAGUGGCGGAUUAUUCAUCAAAGGAAGUUGAAUUUCAUGGAUACCAGCUGAAAGGAUCAGCAGCUAGCGAGCUAAUGAUAAGACGGCACUCCUUACCUCUUAUGUUGAAUCAAGAUGUUAAUAUGACAGAAUUUGAAAUUGCUGCAGAUGAUUCUUAUUUUUCCUCAGCUCAAGAACCAGAAAGCCCUGUGCUAUCUGACUUUAUUAAGCUUCUAGGCUCAAAUAAUCUUUCAGAAGAUGAUGAGGUCCAUGUUGCUGAUGAACACAUUAACAAGGAAUUCAACUUUGUUGAAGAAGCUAGUAAUGUGUUUUUGACAUUCAACGAAUCGUCUAAACUUGGAAACCAAAUAACAACAAGUUUUUCUUCAAAUCUAAAUUUGGAUUUCACAACGUGUGCUUCAAAGGAUCUUAAUAUGAUAUUCCCAACAGAAUGGACUCCUUCACAAGUAUCUGACUGUCACUUUUCUUCAAGCUCAAGUAGUAAAAAGACAGCAGUAGACUUAAAAGAACAGGAGUUCCUGAUGUCCAGAAUUGUUCCAGAUUUGCCUGCAGACAAUACAAGAAACCUUUUCAGAAUGGAAGAAUCCACUGGACCAGGCAGUGAUGAUAUGUCAGUAUGCUUACCCAGUCGUAGAACACAAACCCCAUUUGUGACUGUACCUGUAGAUGAGAAAUCUCCUGACCGAGAGGUUUAUUCCAGUUUAAAGAUCUAUGAGCAAGACCAGCAGUCUUUCAGUUUCUCAGAAGUCAACAUGUAUGACAAGUCAAAAACAUCCGGGCCUGAAGACAGGAUGUGUGAGACUUCUGUGGCCAAAAAGAGAAUCAAAAAUAGACAUGGGGUGCUUACACAGUGUGCAUUUCCUAAUGUGUCUGAACAAAAGAAAGCAAGCAAGUGGGAGAAGUACCAAAACAUAAUGUUAAGUAAUUUAAGAACUCAAAACAGUAGUGAAGUGGCCAUGACUGAUGACAUCCGAGAGGAGACUGGCUUAGGAAUGCAAAUGGAUGACACAGGAGCAAGUCGGAGUUAUGCCUUCAGUAACAACUCUCCAGACUCUAUGCAUGAAAAGACAAUGAAAAGCAUGCUUUGUAAACAGCUAGGAAAUCUUAGUAGCCAAGAUUCAGUUUCAGAAGGAAAGAAACUUUCUCUACAAUUAAAUCAGAAAUUUUCCACUGAGGAAGCAGCAAAGGUGUUAGGUCAACUGAACCGCUACAGUGUAAGCAGCUGCAUCAAGAACACCUGUGAAGCUUUCUUCCCCAGUGCCAAAAUGGUGAAAUGUGCAAAUGUUCCUAAACGGCAGGUGCAUAUCCCAACUGAAUUUCAAUCUCUUGCACAUUACAAACAAGUCUUUACUACUGCUUUGAUGGAACAUUUACACGUUUUGCUGUUUGAGUUGUCACAAAAAUUUCAUAAAGCUCUUGAGAAAGUGGAUAUAUCAUUCUAUACCUCUGUAAAAGGAGAGCAAGAACAAGAACAUUCUGCACCACUCUGCAACCACAAGAUAGCAACGAAACUGGUUACAGUUAAAAAAGAAGGCCGAAAUAAGGGGCGCCUUUUCUAUGCCUGUGAUGCUCCCAAAGCAGAUAGAUGUAAUUUUUUUAAGUGGCUAGAUGAUGUACAACCAGCCCAUAUGGAGAGUAGAUCUAGUGUUGUACUUCAUGAUGUGAAGAGUAUUGGAACCUACCUCAGGUGUCACAAAAUUCCUCUAUAUGAAGAGUGCCAGCUUCUGAUGAGGAAAACUUUUGAUAUCCAAAGAAAGCAAUUUAGUAAGCUGAAAAAAAAUAUUGCCAAGGUUAGCUUUGAUGCUGAUUCUAAAACUAAAUUAUAUCUCAAACUGAACCGAAAGGAGCACUCCUCAGUGUAUAGCAAAGAUGAUCUUUGGGUUGUUUCCAAGACUCUCAAUUUUGAACCCUUGGACACUUUCAUCGCAUGCAGUGUUUUCUUCGGACCAUCUUCUAGCAAUGAAGUGGAGCUAGCGCCUCUCAAAGGUUAUAGCCCCUCAAACUGGUGCUCAAAUAUGAUCGUUCAUGCCUUGCUAGUUUGUAAUGCUAGUACUGAACUCACAACGUUAAGGAAUAUAGAAGAAUACCUCAAUUCAGCCACUUUACCAAUAUUGCAUCAUCUCCUUGCAAAGCCCUGUAAAAAUAUAUAUCAAAGUAAAAGUGUCAAGAAACAAAAAUUCAAACCACCAGCUUUAAAUACAAAUAUAAUAACCUCUGGAGUCUUGAGUCCAGAAAUUACUAUGAAUUUGGCAAAUAAGAUGAUUGAGACAUUUCAGCUAAAUAAAGAUCAGUCGGUGGCAUUGACUCAGAUAGGUGCCAUGAUGACAUCACAAGAAAUUGAAAUAGGGAAACAUUGUGCUCUCCCUAUAACUGUAAUACAUGGUAAGUUAUUUUAUAUGAGCUUAAACCCUUUAGUUUAUGGUUAUGAUCCAAUAUUGCUUAGGACACAGUAUCGUUGUCAUCCUGCUAUCUCAGCAAUAGCCAAUGACCUAUUUUAUGAGGGAACUCUGUUGAAUGGCAUUUCUGAAAUGGAUCGAAGUCCUCUCAUAGAUUGGUUGCCAACACUGUGUUUUUAUAAUGUUAAUGGCUUAGAACAGAUGGAAAGAGACAACAGCUUCCAUAAUAUGGCAGAAUCUUUUUUCAUUGUCAAGUUAAUCCAAUCUAUGAUUGCUAGUGGAGUAGAUGGAUCUAUGAUUGGAGUAAUAACCCUCUAUAAAUCACAAAUGAGCAAGAUUUGUAACCUGCUUGGUGCUGUUCAGUCAGAUGCUUCCAAAAUUAAAGCUGUCCAGGUGUCCACUGUUGAUGCUUUUCAAGGAGCAGAAAAGGAAAUCAUUGUAUUGUCUUGUGUAAGGACUAGACAAGUUGGCUUCAUAGAUUCAGAAAAGAGAGUGAAUGUGGCACUGACUCGAGGAAAGAGACAUUUAUCGAUAGUGGGAAAUCUGAAUUGUUUAAAAAAGAACAAAGUAUGGGGGAGUGUCAUUCGGCAUUGCACAGAGAGAGAAAAUGGAUUGCAGCAUGUUAGCCAAUGUGAGCGGCAACUGAAUGAUAUUAUAAAAUCCUACUUGGAAAGGAAAAAGGCAGAAGAAACAAAAAAACAACUAGAAAAAUCAAAGAGUAAAUCAUUUUCACAAAAUGUAGAUGGGUAAAAAUGUGCUUUCUCCAUAUAAAUUGUGUAAAGUAUCUUGAGAUAUUUUUAAAUAUAAUUGUAGUGUUUUUUAGUCCUACCAGUUCUCACAUUAUAUGUAUUUAAACGUUAAUAAAAUGAUGUAAAAAAAACUCGAUUACCAAGUUACUGCUUAUCAAAAGCUUCACUAUAAAUUAAUCCAUCCUUUUCAACACGUCUAACAUAUGUUUUUUAAAAUUGUACUAUUACCAUGAGUGCUGUGCAACAGAAUAAA